AUGCAGAGUAAACAAUUAGCCGCGUUUAUGCUCACCUUGCAUCAUGCGUACCUGACGGGAUUGGCUAUCGAAAUUACUUUGUCACCUUCUGCGGAGUCUAAGCACUGCAGGAGGAAGGAUUUGAUACCCGAUCGACUAGCUCUUCACGAUAUCCUCUUACACGUAAACCUUCAGCGGGAUUUUGCCGACAUCGAUUGCGAAUAG